GCACCAAUUCCUUCAACCAUCGUUGGAUUCAACAACUUCCACCCACCCUUAUGGUAUGGCCUACCGGCCACCCCAUUCACCAAGAGCUUUUUCAAUCGCGAUUCACCUCAGCCCAGCGCCAUGAAAAUAAAACACAGAAAACCUCAAAAUUUGCCCCUUCUUCCCGUCACAAAACAGAGAAGGAUGAUGAACCAACCUGGGAAAUGGGUGGCGCUGGUGGCGGCCAUAUGGAUUCAGGCAUUUACAGGCACAAAUUUUGAUUUCCCCUCUUAUUCUUCCAAUCUGAAGGCGGCUUUGGGGAUGUCGCAGGUAGAGCUUAACUAUCUGGCGGUGGCUUCUGACGUCGGUAAGGCCUUUGGGUGGUGCUCUGGCAUCGCUCUCUUGUAUUUUCCUUUGUGGGUGGUGAUGCUCAUGGCUGCUUCCAUGGGGUUUCUUGGCUAUGGCCUUCAAUGGCUUCUCCUUCAAGGGAUUGUAUCUCUGCCUUACUCCAUGGUAUAUCUUCUCUGCUUGUUGGCUGGAUGUAGUAUUUGCUGGUUUAAUACGAUCUGCUAUGUCUCCUGCAUCCAGAAGUUCCCAGCCAAUCGCGCGCUUGCAUUGUCCUUGAUUGUCAGCUUCAAUGGCGUCAGUGCAGCUCUUUACACUCUAAUGGCCAAUGCAGUAGACCCUAAUGAUGCAAGCUUGUACCUUCUCCUAAAUGCAUUGGUUCCUCUCAUAAUCUCUGUUGUUACCUUCCUCCCAAUCCUUCAUCAGCCACCGGCUCAGCCGUCGUCUUCCGAUGCCACCCGCAAUGACUCCCACACUUUCAUCUGCUUAUACAUUACCGCAGUUAUCACAGGCCUAUAUCUAAUCACCUUCAAUUCCACGCCUUCCAGCAAGUACGGUGCCCAACUUUUGUUAGCUGGGGCUUUUGCCCUGUUACUAGUUCCUCUUUGUCUGCCUGGAAUUUGGAGCACUCACAAGUGGUUGUUUCGGAUUGCAUCCACUGGCUUGAGCAGUGUUCUUCACUUUAGAUUCAACCUUGUCAAUCAUGAGCUUCAGCAGGAGCUCAUCAAUCUUGAAACAGAAAGAAGUGGCACGAAUGUCAUCACCCCUUUUGAUUAUAAAGAGAAGGAAAGCAUUUCAAGGAAGAUGAUGGGGAAAGAGAAUUUGACAGUUCUUGAAGAAGAGCAUUCAGCUAAGAUGCUCGUACGACGCUUGGACUUUUGGCUCUAUUUUGUUGCAUACUUUUGUGGUGGGACAAUUGGGUUGGUUUACAGCAACAAUCUUGGGCAGAUCUCGCAGUCACUAGGAUACAGUUCCUUAACAAGCUCACUUGUAACACUCUACUCGUCUUGCUCCUUCUUUGGGCGGCUAAUCUCAGCAGGCCCAGAUUUCAUGCGUGAAAAGGUGCACUUCGCUAGAACGGGAUGGCUAGCCCUAGCUUUAGUGCCAACUCCAAUCGCCUUCAUUUUACUCGCUGCAUCAGGUAGCGAGAUCGCAUUACAAAUUGGCACUGGCUUGAUCGGUCUAAGCUCGGGAUUCAUGUUCUCAGCUUCGGUCUCAAUCACAUCAGAGUUAUUCGGACCAAACAGCUCAGGCGUCAAUCACAACAUCCUCAUCACCAACAUCCCUCUCGGCUCGUUCCUCUACGGCGUCCUGGCGGCAGUUUCAUACGACUCCACUGCCGGAAGUUCAGACCAAACUGCGGCGGCGCUUGGGGACGUGGUGGUGUGCAUCGGCCGAAAAUGCUAUCUACAAACCUUCAUAUGGUGGGCUUGCAUCUCCAUCGUCGGUCUCGCUUCUAGCUUCUUGCUUUUCCGACGGACGAAACCGGCAUACGACCGCCAGUACGAGAGUAACCCAAGCAAGACACAGCCAUUUUAGAUCAGAUACUGAACUUUACAAAAAACAAAAAAUAUAUACAUAUAUAUAUACAUAUAUAUUUAUAUAUUUGUAUAUUAUAAUAUAGAAUUGAAUUGGGAAUUUGAAGAACAGGAAUUG